AUGGUGACGGGUGGUGCGCAUGUGCAGCACCCUGGUCGAUAUUUGGUGACGUCAGUCGGAGUUAGGCCUCAGUCAGCCGUCGUCGGCCACAGUGCGAACAUGUGGUUGCAAUGUUUGGCUGCGACCCUGCUGAUCGCGGCGACAGCCUCCCGCGAGGUGUUUACCAACUCGUUCCUGGUCAGGUUCAAGAGAUCGCUGCGACACGACGAGGCACACGAUGUAGCGCUGCGCCACGGCUUUGACAACCUUGGACCGGUGUUGGGCUCUGAUACAGAAUGGCACUUCGCGCACCGGGGACUUCCUCACGCGCGCCCCCGUCGCUCCAUCGCACACUCGCGUCUACUCAAACAGCAUCCACUUGUUCACACGGCAGUGCAGCAGACGGGGUUUAAGAGGGUGAAAAGGGGUUUCCGCCCGCUGCGCUUACCUGAAACAGCUCCUGCAGCGGAACCCCGAGAUCCCUAUUUUCCUUUACAAUGGUACCUGAAAAAUACGGGCCAGAAUGGAGGCAAGCCCAAGUUGGACCUUAAUGUGGAGGCGGCGUGGUCACAGGGGUACACUGGAGUAAAUGUGACCACUGCCAUUAUGGAUGAUGGUGUGGACUACAUGCAUCCAGACUUGAAGUACAAUUAUAAUGCGGAAGCGUCGUACGAUUUUAGCAGUAACGACCCAUUUCCUUACCCGAGAUACACUGAUGAUUGGUUUAACAGUCACGGAACUCGUUGCGCUGGCGAGGUGGCGGCGGCUCGGGACAAUGGCGUAUGCGGUGUUGGUGUCGCUUACCACUCGAAAGUCGCUGGUAUUAGAAUGUUGGACCAACCCUACAUGACGGAUCUGAUUGAGGCAAACUCCAUGGGUCACGAGCCUCACAAGAUCCAUAUUUAUAGUGCAUCGUGGGGUCCUACCGACGACGGGAGGACUGUGGAUGGGCCUAGAAAUGCCACAAUGAGGGCUAUCGUGAGGGGAGUUAAUGAGGGUCGUAAUGGUCUGGGGAAUAUUUACGUGUGGGCCAGUGGCGAUGGUGGUGAGGAUGACGACUGUAACUGCGACGGGUAUGCCGCCUCCAUGUGGACUGUAUCCAUCAACAGCGCAAUCAAUGAUGGGCAGAAUGCACAUUACGACGAAUCCUGCUCAUCAACACUAGCGAGCACGUUCAGUAAUGGCGCUCGUGACCCGAGCACGGGUGUGGCUACCACGGACUUGUAUGGGAAGUGUACCGCAACGCACUCUGGGACAUCAGCAGCCGCGCCUGAAGCUGCCGGAGUGUUCGCUCUCGCUUUACAUGCAAACCCAAAUCUAACAUGGCGGGAUAUUCAACAUUUAACUGUACUUACUUCGAAAAGAAAUUCUUUGUAUGACGCAAAGGGUCGUUUCCAUUGGACUAUGAAUGGUGUGGGGCUGGAGUUCAACCAUUUGUUCGGUUUCGGAGUAUUAGACGCGGGUGCUAUGACAGCCCUCGCGGCCAACUGGCGUUCAGUGCCACCACGGUAUCAUUGCGAAGCUGGAUCUGUGAACACACACACUGAGAUUCCAUCAGAAGACAGCAUCAUCCUGAAGAUCGACACAACGGCGUGUUCAGGCUCACCCAGUGAGGUGCGCUAUUUGGAACACGUGCAGGCAGUGGUGAGCGCUAAUUCCACGCGUCGUGGUGACCUUGAGUUCUUCCUCACCAGCCCAAUGGGCACCAGGUCCAUGAUCCUAAGCCGCCGGGCGAAUGAUGACGACACGCGAGAUGGAUUCACCAAGUGGCCGUUUAUGACGACCCAUACGUGGGGGGAGUACCCUCAGGGGACUUGGACAUUGGAGGCUCGAUUCAACGGCGGGUCUGGGCCCAGCUCAUCAUCAGGCUGGCUACGAGGCUGGUCGCUGGUGUUACAUGGAACUCGAGCACCGCCGUACGCUCAACUACAGGCCCAAGACCCCCACUCCAAACUUGCUGUAGUCAAAAAGGCGCACGAAGACAACGCCCUCACUCACUAAACAUUAUACCCUAUUCCUCAAGAGAUACAGUUCAUUAUGGAACAAUAGGAGUAACUAACUUUAUCAAGUUACAAUGAAUGAACCACAGACAUGCAUAUAUAUUAGAUGUGCCAAUCCCUGAAUAAAUAGUGACUCAUGAAAAGUGCCACGAAAAUCAUAUGACGAUGACUGUGGUACUGUUCGUAUAUAGACCAUGUUGCCAUUUACCAUCAGGUGCGCCGUAAGACUAUAGCAGUUACAUAAAAUAAUCUAAAAAUAUUUGGAUUUCGGACAUAAGCAUCACUACAUUAUUCACACAGCAUCAUUUUUUCGAAAGGUGCCAAUAAAAUAGCUUCUGCAUGAUUACAGUAAGUAGAAAAAAUGUCGAUGAGCCGUCUACUUCUAUCUAUGUCUGUGGUAUUAUCCUUAGUCUUCGGCAAAAACCAUGCAUAACUUUCUAACCUGGAUAUCACAGUAUAUUUUUUUAUAACCACGAUAUUUCUAUGUCAAUACUAUUUUUAUCAACUGAUACUGAAAUUAAAAGGCAUAAUGCCUUACGGACCAAGGCAUUAUGCUUUUUAAUAGUAACUUAUUAGGGUUACCACGGGCGGUAAUAUAUAUUUUGUGAUAUCCAGGACGAUAUUCAUGUUUUUUUCCAUCAUGUGGGCAUUCCGGUUGAAUAAUAAAGGUUAGCUAUUACACUAUUUGCCACUCUCAAUAGUGUAAUAGAACGGAAAGAACUUUACCUUUUGAAAUAUUGUCUAUGGUGAGCUGAACCUCUCGUCCAAGAUUACCGUACACUCACACGAUAUGACUUCCAUCAUUAUUUAUUUUCAUUUUAUGAUAUAAUAUUAUUACCAUAAAUAAAGCAAACAUAUUGCAAAUAAAUUGUAUAUAAUAUUAUGGUAAUACUGGAUUAAAUCAUGAUAGAAAAGACAGGAUGACGGGUGGCAAUGAGUAUAUUGUUAUCCGUCAUACUAGUGAACUAAAGUCCUUAGUUUCUUUCCAUAUUUUCACGAUACGGCAACACUAUCGAACUUAUCUAAUAAUGAUGAAUUACAGUGACGAUGGCGAUAUCAUCAACUCAUCUGAUGAUUGAACAGAAAAGUAAAUUAAUAGAUUGUUUACCGUAGUAUAACCGAAAUGGUGAAGUCUUUGCAUUAUUUACCUUACAAGGCAUUGAGGUAUUAUGUACUACUAUAACUAGAGAAGCUAUAAAUAAACAUUACAUACUUAUCAUGGCGACGAAGAACGCGAAUUGAUAUAGAAUAAUAAAAGUGAAGGGACAUUUAUAUUUCUAGAAUUAUGUAUACGGUACCAAUAAUACCGGAGUAUAUUUUAUGUAAAGUUUAGUUUUUAUAAACAUACACUGUAUAGCGAGUGUCUAUCGAGCGAUUGAGUGAAGUGCAGCGAUAUUACAUUGGAGGCAAUCUAGUCUUCUCUAUUACGCUAGUACCAACAUAAUGCCUCAACGUUAUAAAGUGGAAGUUAAAUCAUUGUAUGAAUGUACUCUCUAAAACGGUGAAAUGGGAAGUUAGGCAAUGUCGCCAUACUAAACCUUUGCAUUAAUUUAAUCUGGCGACAUCUGUUUUGUGUAAAGUGGACCUAGAAAGAACUGAACGUGUCUCUAAUAUACUUUGUAUGCUGCUAAUUGUGUUAUUAGGAUAACACUAGCAUAGACACUGUAAUGAUAUGAUACUCCUAAUUACACUGAGACGAUUUUGAUCAGACAUGGGCAAUGAUUUUUAGGUUCAUAAUGAAAUGAGCAUGUUAGAUAGAGCCGCAGUUUUCUUGUACAUUGCAUUAAUUGUACAAUAAUUGUUUUCCAUUUUAUAUACUAUAUAUACUCGUAAUACAAUAUAUAUUUUUGAACUUUGUUUAUUUUUACUCAAUUAGAUGCUUAACAGCUUUCUACGCGCUAUCUAGCGUACUAAUAUAUCAAUGACUUAUCUAAUAUUUAUUUAGAAUAUAUGCAAAAAUAUUUUGAUAUAUAGAUUACUUCCAAUGCUAUUGUAAUCUCUAAUUAUGUUAACUUUGAUACAUAUUAAAAAUAAAGAAAAAUCUUGUGAAUUACUUACUAUUAUAGUUACAUAAAUAAAAAAAUAUAUCUUUCAAUAUAGCUAAUUGUGAAUUGCUGGUUGGGCAACUUCACAUUGUUACUAUAUUAUUUUCAUAUAAAAUGAGAGACAUUUUUUAUAUCAAAAUGUUCGAGUUCUGAGUACAGUCGACAACAAAAGUGUUCACCAGUUUCGUGGAAAGAUAUAAUUGAGAAUGAGUAUAAUUGUGAACACGAAUGAAAAUGUUUAUUACUAUAAGCGUGGAAGAGACAUAAAAAUAAUAUGGAGAAGGCAAAGAUGUAUCUUUAAUAAAACACAAUUUGAGAUCGGAGAUAAUCUUAUCCUUUUUCCGUAGUAUUUUAAUGUAGGUCGAGUCGUUAUCACAAAAUGCAAUGCACUAUUUCAAUCAAUACUAAUUUCUUAUCGGCUUUCUUUAAUUGAUGUAAAAUAGUGUAUUGUAUACGUGAUGGAUGAAUUAGGAAAUGAAAUGGGAACUUAUAUUUUUAGAAACAUCUUUUAACAUUUAUCUUCUACUUACUUCCUUCUUUUGUGAAAUUUAUCCUAGCAUAUUUUUAAUGAUAAAGCAUUAUUGAUUUUUUU